AUUUGAAUAAGUUUUAAAUCAUGGAGGGAAUAGUUUCAAAGGUAUCAAUUUUUCAUAUACUUUUGGGUAUCGCUCUUUUAGUGAUGUCAUCACUUGUAAUCUAUGAUACAGUCAUCUUGCAGAUGCAAAUUCAUGAAAAAGAAACUAUUGAAUUGAAAAGAGUUCACGCAGUUCAAAGAAAAAGUGAAAAUUCAAAAGAAAUCAUUGAGAAAAUGCCAAUACUUAAAAGAGUGAAGAGACGAGCACAAUGCAGCAGAAAGGAAUGCAGGAGGCUUUUUAAGUUUUGCGAAAGCAAACGUCAUUCUGAGAAAUGUAAAGAUUUUAAAUCAAAAACUUCGUGCUCAACAAGAGAUUGUCCAAUAUUGAAAAGCAUAGAAAAUCUUCACUCGAAAAUAUCAUUUAUUUUUGAUAAUUUGCAGCAAUUUAGGGAAAGAUCUAAGAAAUAUGAAAAUCAUCUCCCAUUAAACACAACCCAAUUGAUGCUUUUCAAUCCGAUCCCAUUGAAAUCAGAUGAAGAUUAUCAUUGUCGCAGUCUAGAAACAGGGGCUUCUCUAUAUUCAAAAGAACCUUACUGUCAAAUAAAAGAUAACCGAGGUUUUUGGGAGACUGUAAUAAGAAAUUGGACGGUGGAAACUUCGAAACAUGCAAACAAUACGCAAAUUGGAGAAUUCAAUAUAACAUCUGGGGAUUUAAAAAUAAAAAAAUUGGGCUAUUAUUGGAUUCAUGCACAGAUAACCUUCUUUAAUGAUGUAAAUCGUAACGGCUUCAAGAUAAAUAAAAUUUCUGAGGUCAAAAAAGUUCAAACUUUAUCAACGUGUAUUAAUACUGCUGGUCUUAAUAAAGUUACUUAUUCAGAAAUUACAGAUAAUGAAAAAACAAAAAAAAUAGAUUCAAUGGAAGAAACUGAGAAACGUAAAAAAUAUCAAGAAAAGUUUAAAUAUGACAACAAAAUUUAUAAACUGGCCCUGGAAGAGCAAUAUACAUCUUGCUCAACAUCAGUAGUUACUUAUUUAAAUAAAGGAGAUAAAAUAUUUUUGUCGACCUUUUACCCUAAAAAUAAAAUUGCAGUCGAAAAUCGAACCUCUUUUUGGAGAUUGAUAAAAUUGGGGUAGAGUAUUUUGAGUAAUAAAAAAAUGAUAAACAAUUUUCUUUCUCUUGUUCCCUACACCUGGCCCUCUCAAAAAAGAAGUUAAAAGAUCGCAAACAUUACUUAAUCAACUUACUGUCAAAUUAUUUAUUAUAUCUGCAAAGAUUUAUCACUUAAUUGUAUCGAUUAUCAAUUAUAUCACUUGCCUGUUUAACUAAUUUUGUACCGUUUUGUAUAGUAAAAGUCAUAAAAUAUUGACACUUGAACUAUCUAUUAUAUUUGAAAUACAAAUAAACAUUAUCAUAAAAAAU